GAAGAAAGUUGACGGCAUGUAAACAGUGUUACACCGCCAAUAUGUUCAGGAGGUUUGGUAGCCUGUAGGUCAGAGUAAGUCUGUCAUUAACACGUGAGAGAAAGAUACAGUCUCAUUUAGCUUCACUGUAGCCAUGAGACUGUGCCAGGCGCUCCGUAAUGUCGGCAAGUUUAGGACCGUUUUCGACUUUGGUGAACGGGAAGUGGCUCAUUGGUUCCCCGGACACAUGGCUAAAGGACUGAAGCAGAUGAGAGCCAACAUGAAGAACGUGGACUGUAUCAUAGAGAUCCAUGAUGCCAGAAUCCCCUUCUCUGGAAGAAACCCUGUUUUUCAGGAGACUCUAGACGUCAGACCACACCUGCUAAUUCUUAACAAGAUGGACCUUGCUGAUCUGUCCAACAAGCAGAGAAUCUUAAAGAAGCUAGAAAAAAAUGGAGUGAGGAACGUUCUCUUCACUGACUGUCUCAAGCAGAGAGAUGACAAUGUCAAAAAGUUGGUGCCUAUGGUGAUGGAGAUUAUUAAGAGCAACCCACGCUUUAACAGAGAUGAGAAUACAGAUUAUUGCCUGAUGGUGAUUGGAGUGCCCAAUGUGGGGAAAUCAUCUCUAAUUAACUCAUUAAGAAGAACAAAUUUGAAAAAAGGUCGUGCAUCUCGAGUAGGUGGGGAGCCAGGUAUAACUAAAGCAGUCCUUACUAAAAUUCAGGUGUGUGAACGACCCAUAAUGCACCUGUUGGACACACCGGGAGUCUGGCCUCCUAAGAUUGAGAGUGUUGAAACGGGCAUGAAGCUGGCUUUAUGUGGAACUAUACUGGACCAUUUAGUGGGUGAAGACAUAAUCGCUGACUACUUACUCUAUUCUCUGAACCGGCUAGAAAAGUUCAGUUAUGUGGAGAAAUACGACCUCCAAGAGCCUAGUGAUGACAUCCAGCAUGUCCUCAAACGCAUUGCUGUAAAACUUGGAAAGACUCAACGGGUCAAAGCCAUUACUGGAGUUGGGAACAUUACCAUCAUCGUCCCAAACUACACAGCAGCAGCUUACGAUUUCAUAAGAGCCUUCAGGAAAGGAGAGCUGGGACGAGUCAUGCUGGACUGAAUCGAGACAUUUCAUUGAAGAUAACCAAAGACUGUUUCUGGAUUUUGCCAGUUUGCCCUCAACCCAGAGCAAGGGAAUGUAGUCCCUCUCUGUCCUUGUGCUUGUGACAUUUUGGGGACAUGUUGGAGUCUGUUUUGUUCGUGGGUGACAUAAAAAAGGCGCCAGAACACUGUAUCCUUUGUAAAUAAAAGAUUUUAAUGUAA